AUGAAAACAAAUGAUGAACUUUUAAGAAAAGAAGAAGAGGAAAUUUCCAAAACAAUAGCUUUAUCCUUACAAGAAUAUCAUGCUUCUCAAAAUAAGAAUACAGAUAAGAACUAUGAAGUUGAUGAUGAGAAUGAUGAACUAUUACAAGAGGCAAUACGACUUUCCAUUUUAGGUUCGAAUAAAAGAGAGAUGAAUAGAAAUGAUUGUAAUGAUAGUUAUCAUGAUGUAGUUCGAAAGAAUUUUGAUAGUAUAACUUAUUAUUUAUGCAAUAAUUAUGAGAAUACUAAAAAUAAAAAUGAUGUAAUAGAUAAUAAAACAUUUUGGAAAGAGAUAUAUAAGAAUUAUAAGAAUAUAUAUAUAAUAAUAAGAGAUUAUAUGAUAAAUUUAACUAAAAGAAGUGAGAAAAUGAAUGAAGAAGGUAGUGAUUCCACAUCAAGUAGAGAUGACUAUGAUAGUGAUGAAUCAAGUGAUUAUAGUAAUUCUUCUUCUUUAUCAUGUUGUUCAUUAGAACAUAUUAAGAGAACUUACAGAAAUAUAAAUUAUACGACUAAAGAUUAUUGCCGAUGGCUAAGAAAGGGUCAUCGAAGUAAAGCAUUAAAUGAUCAUGUAUAUUUAAAUUAUUUAUUAAGAGAAAUGAAAAUAUUAGAAGAUAGUACUUCUAUUCAUAAUUUAGUUUUUGGUGUGAAUAAUUAUAAAUAUUCUAAUAAGAUAGAUAUAAAAAAAUGGUGUAAUCAUAGUAUUUCAUUUUAUGAAAAUAAAAAUAUAAAUUUUGGACUUCGUCAAUUUUUAAGUGGCCCAUGUGGUCUUAUAUCAAGUAUACAAGGAUACAUAAUAAUUAUUUUAUUAUUUAAUUAUAAAUAUCAUUUUUUAUGGGAAAAUAACUAUUUCAAUAUUUUAAAAACGAAUAACGAUUUUUUGAAUUUUAAAAAUUCUUCAAAAAUGGGGUAUAAAGAGGCUGAGGGAGGAAAUACCAAAUUGAGGAAUAAUAUAUAUAGUGAGAACAAUAAUUGUGUGAAUAAUAAUAAACAAGGUGAUGAUAUGAAUGGACUAGACUUAUGUAAAGAGAAAAAUGAUGGUUCUGGUGUUACACUAAAUAAAGAAGAUAACAAUAAGGAUAAUAAAAUUAAUAAAAAUGAAAAUAACGAUGAUAAAAUCAAUAAUAAUGAUGAUAAAAUCAAUAAUACUGAUGAUAAAAUAAAUAAUACUGAUGAUAAAAUCAAUAAUACUGAUGAUUAUCGUAAUCAUCUUGAGAAUCAUAAACAGGAUGAUAUUACACAUAAUAAAAAAAAUAGGAAUAAUAUUAUUAAUGAAAAAAAUGAUGCAAAUGAUAAUAAUAUUAAUAAUAAUGAUGAUAAUGAUAGUAAUAAUAAUAAUGAUGAUGGUGAUAGUAAUUAUGAUAGUGAUAAUCAUAAGAAUAGUAAUAGUAAUAACCGUAAUAGGAGAAAUUCUUUUUCAAAUGAGGAGAAAAAUAAAGAUAAAAUAUAUGGAGAAGGUUAUGAUAAUGAAUUUUUAGAAUUAGUACGUGACAAUAUUAAAGAUUUAAAAUAUUAUGCAUUAGUUGAAUCUUUAGCAUAUAUAUUAUAUCAGUGUACGGAUAAGUCAUAUUAUAUCGUAGCAUUUUUAUUACCGGAAUGCUAUGAUUAUCCUUAUUAUAUGAAUAAAAGAAAUUGUGAUGAAAAUUUAGUAAGAGAUUUAAAAAGAAUUACUAUAUAUUAUAAAGAGUUUAAUGCUAUAAAAGAUGUGGUAAAAUUUUAUUUAGAGAAUUUUAUAAUAUUUUCAAGUUCUACUGGUGUAAUAUCCUUUUUAUAUUCUGUAAUAUUAACAAGAGGAUUACAUAAUGUAAAGAAUGAUAUGGAUGAUAUUAAUCAUCCUUUAAUUGGUAUAUAUGGGCAUUGUUCACAAGAAUUAGUUAAUUUAUUAUUAACAGGUAGAGCAUGCUCAAAUGUUUUUGAUAAUAAUAAUGUAAUAAAUACAUUUUGUAAUACUGAUGUAGAUAUAAGUAUGUAUGAAGCAGGAAAUUCAAAAAGUUGUAGUCCUAAUAAAGGAUCAUUAUCAUAUAAUAAAAAUGAUAGUAUUAAUAAAAAUGAUAGUAUUAAUAAUAAUAAUAAUAAUAGUAGUAGUACUAAUAAUAAUAAUAGUAGUGGUAAUAAUAAUAGUAAUGAUAAUAAUAAUAUAAUACUAAAAGGUAUAAGCAAAAGACCGUUAAUCGGUUUAUUAACCGAUUUUGAGGCUUUUAAAUAUUGUGAAGUUGGAAAUUAUUAUAAAUAUCCAAUAUAUCCUAUAUGGGUAAUUAGUAGUUCCAAUCAUUAUACUGUAUUAUUUUCAUUAAAUAUUAAUAACUCCAAAUGUACAAGUGAGGAGUUAUUUUUAGAGAAAUUAAAUAAAAUAUGGAAGAAAUAUGAUAAAGAAAAUAAUAAAUAUAUAUUGUCUCAUUUUAUUCCUCAAUUUAUUGAAGAUUUAAAUUUGAAGGAUGAAUUCCGAAAUUUAUUUGAUGGAUUUGUAAAUGAUUUGGAUAUUCUAUUAUAUUCAGAAUUUAAAGCCUUUUAUUUACAAAUGAAGCAAAAAGAUAUAAAUGAAUUGAAAUUUUCUGAUCCACCAAAAGAAAAAUAUUUCUACUUAUACGACGCUCAAGAAAUGCCUGAAAAGUCGAUACAUUAUUUUCUUUUGAAGGAAGUGGAUUAUGAUGUUUCCCAUGAUAAUCACUUGAAAUUUUUCAAUACAAGAUGGCCAAAUAAUACAGUGGAGGUAUUAAACAAGUCAAAAAAGGUUUCCAAACAUAGAUAA